CAGAGAUGAUUCGUGCACUUACACUCGUCCUCUUUGCGUUAGGACUCUUCCAGACAGGUCUAACAUCUGUAAUCCAGUCUGUGGAGACUGUGGAGGAGGCAGUGGGAGAAGAUGCUCUCCUCAGCUGUCAGAUCCUACAGUCUGAAAAUGUGAUGCAUGUCACAUGGCAGAAAGAGACGCUGGAUGGGGUGACCAAUCUGGCCACCUCCAACAAUAUCUUUGGCUCCAGUGUGAUCUCAGACUUCAGAGGCAAAGUGGAGGUGAAAGAUGGUGGACUGCACAACAGCUUCAUAGUGAUCAAGAAUGUGACGGAGGAGGAUGAAGGCUGCUACCUCUGCCUCUUCAACACCAACUCUGCUGGAGCGCACACUGGCAGAACCUGCCUCAGGCUCUAUGAGCUGCGUGAACCCGUUCUACACGUGAGAGAAUCAAAGUCAACUGACGAGUUCGUGGUUUCCUGCUCCGCCACAGGACGACCUGCUCCAACCGUAACUCUCAACGUCGCACAGCAAGACUUCUACUUCUCACAGAACAACACUGUGUUGAUGAACACAGACGGUACAUUCACUGUCAAUGCCACAGCCGUGUUGGCAGGUUUCCAUGACGCCGGCACACGGGUUGGAUGUGCCGUGCAGGUGCUCUCCUGUCGUAAAGAGGCGUUUGUGGCGAUUCCUGACUUGAAACCGACGCCUACCUAUGGUUUGGAUGAGGGAUCUGGAUCUGCUAGCAGAUUCUUCAUCGGGACGUGGAUUGUGGGAGUGACCUGCCUUUGCACUGCUUCAGUCUUAGCUGUCCUGUUUACAAGAAAACUAAGGAGCAGUCCGUCACACAGAGACCUUGGGAUGACUGAGGUUCCUCAAACUGCCGACGCUGAUACCUACAAAAAGGAGACCCUGCGCAAACUUCAGGUCGCAUACAAUGACUGUCUGAGGAUACUGCUGAAAAAGCCCAGGUGUAGCAGUGCUAACCUCCGAGACAGGAUCAUAUCGAGGCACAGAUCUGGGGAAGGGUACAGAAAAAUCUCUGCGGCACUGAAGGUCCCAAUGAGCACAGUGGCCUCCAUCAUCCGUAAAUGGAAGAAGUUUGGAACCACCAGGACUCUUCCUAGAGCUGGCCGCCUGGCCAAACUGAGCGAUCGGGGGAGAAGGGCCUUAGUCAGGGAGGUGACCAAGAACCCGAAGAAGUCACUCUGA